GGCUCAGUCAAGUGCAUUCAGAGGAAGCGCGCUGCCUGGUCGUGCAUUGUCUAUCUAUCCGAUGCAUGUGGUGUUUGUUGUUACAACAGAAGAAACUAAACAGGAUAAGCUGAUAGGAUACCACCUGUUGCUGGACCAAUUCGUCCCGAAGGAGUAGCAGAAAAUAGUGUUUAAGUGUCCGGUCGAGCGAAAACUGAAAGUUGCUUAAAGAACAGCAUCCGUGGCAGUGUUGAUUUCGAGCUUUUGGUGGAAUGUUCUAAGAAAUUUAAAUAAGUUUGAAAACAGACAAGUGUGAAGAAAAAUUUUGAACUUUGAAUUUACGGACAGAACCAAGAUCGAGAAGUGGAAAGUGUUGACGUUUUCUAGCGAAGUGUACAGUGCGUGCUUGUGUGUGUUUGGAAGUUUUGCAUCAAACUACUAACCGUUAACGUGGCCGUCUACUAAGGAGUAUACAGAAGAUGGAACUUAUUCUUAAGGUGUACGGAGGAUGGCGGUACCUAAUGGACGAUCUGUCAGAUCCCCGGACAAAAGAAUGGCCACUUAUGAGCUCGCCAUUUCCCACCAUUGCCAUCAGUCUAUCCUAUGCUUAUUUUGUAAAGGUCCUUGGUCCUCGGUUGAUGGAAAACAGAAAACCAUUCCAGCUACGUCAAGUUCUAAUCGUAUACAAUGCCAUCCAGGUUGCAUUCAGCACGUGGCUUUUCUAUGAGGCUUGUAUGGCGGGCUGGAUGACUCACUACAGCUUUCGUUGCCAACCGGUGGACUAUUCCCGAUCGCCGCAAGCCAUGCGGAUGGCCUCCGGCUGUUGGUGGUACUUCUUCUCUAAAUUUACCGAGUUCUUCGACACGCUAUUCUUCGUGAUGCGAAAACGCUACGAUCAGGUCUCUACGCUACACGUUAUUCAUCACGGCAUCAUGCCGGUAUCGGUAUGGUGGGGAGUCAAGUUUAUCCCAGGCGGCCACAGUUCGUUCUUCGGCUUGUUGAACACGUUCGUGCACAUUAUCAUGUACUCCUACUACAUGUUGGCUGCAAUGGGCCCCAAGGUUCAGAAGUACCUUUGGUGGAAGAAGUACCUGACCCUGCUGCAGAUGGUUCAAUUCGUCCUUGUGAUGGUACACGCCUUCCAACUGUUGAUCUGGAACGACUGCAAAUAUCCGGCCGCCUUUGCCUACUUCAUUGGAGCGCAUGCCGUCAUGUUCUACUUCCUGUUCUCCAACUUCUACAAACGAGCGUACACGUCGCGACAGCAGGCAAAGAAGGACAAGGAAGACAAACUUCUACUGGCGAACGGAAAUCUGGAAUCGGAACCGAACAAAAACCUGGAAGCGCAUCCAACACAAACAUCUGGCUAUCAGACGACAUCGCCGAAUGGAAAAACCAGCUUCUACCAGGCCGUGGGCAAAACCGUCGAGGAUAGCUACUCGACUACGAGGCAUCGGGUCUACAUUGGCUCUGUGAACAACUGAACACAUCCCCGUUAGUUCGUUGUUCCCCCCCAACCGGCAUCCGUUCCGAAGCGAUGCUGCUGUGAUUAGAGAACGACUUUGCGCAAAACCAAAAUGACCACCACCACUGGGAUCCCUUUCAACGGAAGCAGCGUUUGUAACAGAGUAAACAUAGGGAAGACAGGUCCUUCGUACCGGCGGUAAUUAACUCGAAUAGGAAAUUCCCGUACAUAUUUUGAGAGAAACAGAGAGAAAGAUAGAAAGAGAGAGAGAGAGGGGAAGUAUGUCUUGGCGCGAGAUCAAGUGAUAGCUUUUCGUCGUAGAUGACAUACUAACAGCCCCUUUUUCGGUUAUUCUAAUGCGUGCGAGCAACUGCAAAGAAGCGGGCAAUCGAACGGUUUUUUAUGGUGUAUACGAUAAAUGAAAAAAAAAAUAGUUUAAGAAUUUUGUUUAGUAGAACAAAAAUUUCGCAUCAACAGGAUUGAAGGUAUAAAUGGAGACACACAGAAGCUGUUAUAAAUUUGUGAUAAUUUGGAAUCCAUCUAGAAAGGCCGAAAAUUUGCCGAGCGAAUAACUGCCGAAUAGUACAAUUUUGGAAAUGCCAUUCGGUUGCCCUGUUACUGGAGAGACACUCGCGCAGAAAAUAAGCAAUCUGCUUUCCACAUUUUAUUUCCCAUAGACAAUAAGUUAGACAUUAGCCCUUCCUGUAGCAUAUAGUAAUUUAAAUGGCUAGUUAAGUAAACAGAAAAAAGAGAACUGUAAAUAGCUUCUAGGUGUGACAGUUUUAGCUGUUUGUCUGAUGAAAACAAAUUCGAUAGUUUCCAGAAAUUAUACUGAAUAACGUAAGAGAGAUAAUAAAAUCUUGCGACCUGUUAGUAAGUAAAACAUUUAAUGUUACUUUACUCAUUGGAUGCGAGUAUUGUCUAGGUCAAGCAAAAAAUAUAUAGGCGAAAAAACAACGCGUGUAACGUGCAGGCAUAUAGAAUUUGAAUAAUUUGUUUUUAUUGCUGUGAAAAAAUCUGUUCAAGGAACGAAAGAAUGUUACAACGUGAAUGAUUUUGUCCUGUAUGAAUGACUAAUGUGCAAUAAAAUGGAAAA